AUGCGAGACAACUGUGUAAGUUCCAGAUAUACCAGUGCCAGAGACACCAAACUGCUCGACACUACUGACUCUCAUUCACUAGCUUCCAUAGAAAAACUCAAGAUUCAAGGAGUCCGUUCCUUCGACAACGCCAGAAGCGAGUAUAUACACUUCCAAACGCCCUUGACACUUAUUGUCGGAGAUAAUGGCUCUGGUAAAACUACCAUCAUCGAAUGCCUCAAAUAUGCCUCCACCGGUAUCCUACCUCCAAAUAGCAAAGGCGGAGCUUUCGUUCAUGAACCAAAGCUAUGCGGAGAGAAGGAGGUCCUGGCGCAAGUCAAACUGCAAUUCAAGGAUGCGAAGAACUCCAAACUUGUCGUCACACGAAGUCUUAUGCUCACUGUGAAGAAGAAUUCUAGAUCUGCGACGCAGAUUGAUUGUAAUUUCCUGAUGAUCAGAGAUGGAGAGCGAACGAACCUUUCAAAGCGGGUUAUGGAAAUGGAUAAGAUCGUUCCGAAGUAUCUUGCAGUUUCCCCAGCUAUCUUGGAGUCUGUCAUCUUUUGUCAUCAAGACGAAUCUCUUUGGCCCAUGAGUGAGCCUGGUCCGUUGAAGAAGAAGUUCGAUGAGAUCUUCGAGGCUAUGAAAUAUACAAAGGCGAUCGAUCAGCUGAAGACUGUACGAAAGAAUCAGACCAAGGAGAUAGGUGAGCUAAAGAUCCAUGAGGACAACUGCAGAAUCAAUAAAGAGAAAGCCGAUAAGGUCGCCAAGCGGUCCACUGCCCUUCAGGAUGAGAUUGAGGUUCUCACAAAGCAGUUGGAAGACCUCAAAAAAGAAGUUCGAGUUGCCGCUCAGGAUCAAAAGGAUAAAGAGGACCGUGCUCACAGUGCAUCCACCGUUUACAAUGAGCUCCAGGCCAGCAGAACCCAAGCCCGUUACCUGGAAGAAAAUCUAGCCAAUCUACGCAAACAUAUGAAGGAGAUGACUGAGUCCGAUGAGUGGCUUGAAUCGACGCUUGCUCAUUUUGAUCAGCGAAUGCUUGAGUACAAAAAGGAGGAAGCAGAUCUUCGAGCACAAUACACAAAGCUCAAUGAAGCAGCCAAAGCUGCUACGGAACAACUAUCUAAGAAGCAGUCUGAAAAGGGACAGCACUUGGCUGAAAAGGCAAGCUUUGAUAGAAACCUCGAAUCGCGGUUGCAGCUCGUCAAAGAGGCUGCACAUCAACAUUCCCUACGAGGAUAUGAUGGAGAUCUUGAGGAUGACCAGAUUCGGGAUUUCGUAGGCCGAAUCGAGAAGCUUUCCAAAGACAAGGAUCGCGAGUUGGAUGCUCUUAGCAAAAAGACCGACGAAGAACUUCAAAGUAAGCAGGAAGUCCUUACCAGUCUUGCGACUAGUAGGACAUCCAAAACACAAGAGAAAGUCGCUGCACGUCAAACUAUCGCGAGUAAUGACAAGAAGAUGAACUUGAAACAAAACGAGGCGGGAAAUAUCAAGGUGGAUGAAGGAACACUCGCUGCGCUGGAAGCUUCGCUCAACGAGUCGAAAGCACGACUGGACCAGCUGAACAAGAAAUACGCGGAUGCUGCUUGGGACGUAAACAUCAGAAAAGAGACAAAGCUGUUACGUGAACUCCAAGCUGAGUCUUCAAGACUGAGAAAUGACUUGUUUGAGAGCAACAAAGUUGUAGGCGAGCAAGCCCGAUUACAAGUGAUCAAGAAGGAGCUCAAGGAUCGGCAAACACGGCUCGACACCAUGAAGGCAACUUACAAUGAUCAAUUGGCUUCAGUCGUCGGAGGAGAUUGGGAAGCUGAUUCGCUGGAGCACAGCUUUCAGGCUGCCAUGGAUGAUCGUGUCCAAGCUGUCCGAGAUGCUAAGAAGCGACAAGAUGCUUUCAAUCAGCAGCUCACAUCUAUCGAGUACAAGUUGAAGACAUCUAGCGACAGCCUCCGACAGAAAAAACUGACCAUGCAACAAUGUCAAAAAGAAGUCAUGGAAUCUAUAUGUCUUCCCAAUGGAGAUGAUCUUCCUAGCGUCGAUGAUUACCCAGCAGAGCUCGCUGAUUUGGAGAUUCAAUGUCAGGCAGCACAGAAGAAUCUCGACGGAGCAGACUAUGUGAUGGACUAUUACAAAAAGGGUCAAGAAAUCAUCAAUGUCAACAACGCCUGUAGACUUUGCGCCAGGCCGUUCGCGGAUAGCAAGGAGAAAGCUUCUGCACUCGAGAAGAUUCAGAAAGAACUUGCCAGAAUCGCCAAAGACUCGUUGACUGAGGCUGUCCAGCAAUUAGGAGAGGACCUCCGAGUUGCAAAUGGUGCUCGUUUGCAGUACGAGAAUUACAAAUUGUUGUCAGACAAGGAAAUUCCAUCUUUGGAGAAGACUGUACAAACACUUGAAUCGGAGAAAGCCACACUUGUUGCUCAAGCUGAGAAACAAGACAGUCUUGUUCGCGAUGUGACAGCAGCUAAGGAAGAUGGUGACGCUCUUUCGAAAACUGUUGCUGCCAUUACCAACUACUGUCAUGAGAUUUCUAAAUAUGAGACUGACAUUGCAAGAUUGUCAUCUCAGCAGAGUUACUCAGGUAGCACCCUCAGCAAUGAGGAGAUCAACCAGCAAAGCAACGAGUGCGAAGAGAAAAUCAAUAAGCUGAAUUCAAAAAUUGACAAGCUAGUCAGCGAGGAAAAACAAGCGAUGGCCAUGAUUACAGCACUCGAUAGAGAAGUUUCUCAGCUCAAUCAAGAGUCUGGCAACGCCAAACAUCAACUCGAGAAGAGGAACCGGCUGGCUGCAGAGGUCAAAGAAUAUCGUGACAGCACCUCACAGCUUCGGGAAGCCAUCCGAGUCGCUGAUGUGGAGCUAGAAUCAUUGGCCCCUCAAUUCGCAAAGGCUAGUGCACAACUUGACGAGGUCAAGAGGCGUGGUCGUCAUGAGGCCAGCAAGCUUCAGAAGGACAAGGACAGUGUUGCCAAUACAGUCAACAAAUUUCGAGCUAUCGAAACAGCCAUCAACAGAUAUGUCGAAAGCAAUGGCUCGGGAAAGCUUGCAGCAUGUGAGCGUGCGAUUCAUGCAAUUGAGCAGGACCAAAAACGUCUCGAAAAAGAAAUCGCUGUGGUCACGAAGAAGAACAAUGAUGUAAAUGCUCGGUCGAAUGACAGCGAAAACUCGCGUCGAACGAUUGAGGAAAACGUGAGAUAUCGUAAAGGUCGCAAGGAUAUAGAAGCCAUUCAUCACAAGAUUGCCGAUCUCGAAUCCCAAAACGUCGAUGGCGAGCACGAGCAACUACAUGCCGAGCUACAAUAUGCUACGCAAAAUCUUUCAAUUUUAGAAGCCAAGAAAGGUCCGAUCAUGGGAGCCUUGACUGCUAAAGACCAAGAGUUACAACGUUACAUUGCAGAAUGGGAGAUUGAUUACAAGGACGCUGCUGAUAAGUAUCGAGAGACACAUCUAAAAUUGGAAGUCACAAAGGCAGCUUGUGACGAUCUGGGCAAGUAUGGAAGCGCACUGGAUUCCGCCAUCAUGCAAUACCAUGCCACGAAGAUGGAGGCAAUCAAUAGUAUUGCUACUGAUCUAUGGCAGCGAACGUAUCAGGGAACAGACGUUGAUGGUAUUCUGAUUCGAUCAGAUGCUGAAACUGUCAAGACCAACCGUACGUAUAAUUAUCGUGUUGUGAUGGUCAAGGGGGAGGUCGAAAUGGAUAUGCGUGGUCGAUGUAGUGCUGGACAAAAAGUCUUAGCCUGUAUCAUCAUUCGGCUGGCACUUGCUGAAUGUUUCGGGCAGAACUGUGGAGUUAUCGCCCUCGACGAACCCACAACCAACCUUGAUACAGACAACAUCAAAGCUCUCGCUCAAUCUCUGAAUCAACUGAUCAAAGCCCGCCGUCAACAAUCCAACUUCCAAAUCAUCAUCAUCACCCACGACGAAGAAUUCUUGCGCGAAAUGCAGCCUUCAGAUUUCACCGAGUCGUAUUGGCAAGUCAGCAGGGACAGAGAGCAAAAGAGCAGCAUCAAGAAUGUCAAUAUCUCGGCACUUAUGGAUUAG